UGCUCCUUUUUCUGCAUAGUAACCAUAAACAAGAUUAGGAACAACCAAACAAGACUGUCACUGUCGGUUUAGCAAAUAUCAUUGCAGGUGCGGUUGGGUCUAUUAUAUAAAUGCUACGAUGGCUUCUGCUUCUAGGGCAUUCCAUAUUCCACUCCCUCACUCUCUCUGUCUGCCAAAUAUUACUACAUUUGUUGGAUAUGGCGGAGGCUUCUGCAGCAGCUGUUGCUCCCAGCGCUGAGUUGUUGGAAUGGCCUAAGAAGGAUAAGCGCCGAAUGCUUCAUGUUGUUUAUCGUGUGGGUGAUCUUGAGCGCACCAUCAAGUUUUACACUGAUGUUUUUGGAAUGAAACUGUUGAGGCAAAGAGAUAUUCCAGAGGAGAAAUACUCGAAUGCCUUUCUCGGCUUUGGCCCGGAAGAAUCUAACUUUGUUGUGGAAUUAACUUACAAUUAUGGGGUGUCUUCAUAUGAUAUUGGAACUGGAUUUGGACAUUUUGCUAUAGCAACUCCAGAUGUUUACAAACUGGCUGAACAUGUUAAGGCGAAGGGUGGCAUUGUCACCAGGGAGCCAGGCCCUGUUAAAGGUGGAAAGUCUGUCAUUGCAUUUGUGAAGGAUCCUGAUGGUUAUAUUUUUGAGCUUAUUCAACGGGAGUCAACUCCUGAGCCAUUUUGUCAAGUUAUGCUUCGUGUUGGGGACUUGGAGCGUGCUGUCAAGUUUUAUGAAAAGGCUUUGGGUAUGCGUGUUGUAAAGAGGGUUGAUAGGCCCGAGUACAAGUACUCCAUUGCCAUGAUGGGGUAUGCAGAAGAGGAGAAGACAACUGUUCUGGAGUUGACUUAUAAUUACGGUGUCACUGAAUACACCAAGGGAAAUGCAUAUGCACAGAUUGCUAUUGGUACAGACGAUGUAUACAAGAGUGCUGAGGUUGUGAACUCGGUUAUACAAGAGCUCGGAGGGAAGAUUACUCGACAACCAGGACCAAUUCCUGGGCUUAACACCAAGAUUACCUCUUUUCUGGACCCAGAUGGCUGGAAGACUGUUUUGGUCGACAAUGUAGAUUUUCUCAAGGAACUCAAUGCGUAGCUGCUUCGCUCGGUUGAAUGAGACAUCUUCACCUUUGAAUAAGCGAGUGCAUGAGGGAAAGCAACCAGUGACGACUGUUUAAUAGGUUGCCUCUAUGUUACUCUGUCUCAUUUCAGGAUGUGUAUCAACUAAAAUGUCAUGGUUCGAAUGUAAGGAUUUGAUGUUUGAGUGUAAUUCAUGUAGUUGCGUUGCCUA